UGCACACAACUUGAUUUUUGAAGGUCACAAUAUAGUUGGUGAUGGUACAACUGCUCAGUUCACGGCCAUGCUUACCGGGAAAACAGAACUUGAAUUACCCGAAUCACGACAUGGUGAAAAAGGUGCAAAGCCAGUUGAUAAUUAUCCAUGGAUAUGGAAAAAGUUAACCGAUGCUGGUUAUUUAACUCAAUGGGCUGAAGAUGAACAACAUAUUGGAACAUUUCAAUUCCGCCUAUUAGGUUUUCGUCAUAAACCGGUUGAUUAUUAUAUGCGUCCCUUUUAUUUAUAUGCUGAAUCACAACAUUUUCGUACAACAACAACUGAGAAUGAACUGUGUUUCGGGAAUAUGACACGUCUUAAAACAAUGUUAAAUUGGAUUCAAGACUUUUAUAAUACAUAUCCGAAUAGAUUGAAGUGGACAUUAGGGUUUCAUGCACAAUAUUCACAUCGUGAUACAAAUAAUCUUGUAUCAUAUGCUGAUCAAGAAUUAUAUGAAUUUUUGUAUGAAAUGAAUAAAACAGGACAUUUAGACAAUACAAUGCUAAUUAUAAUGUCUGAUCAUGGACAAAGAUAUUCAGAAUUAAGAAGUACUUAUCAGGGAAAAUUAGAAGAACGUUUACCAUUCAUGUCUAUACGAAUGCCAUCUAAAUUUCAACAAUCGACUUAUGUUCACAAUUUAAGAUUAAAUUCUCAUCGUCUAACAACACCAUUUGAUAUUCAUGAAACAUUUUUCCAUAUGCUUGAUUUUAAUGAAAACUAUAAAUCAAAAACAAAUCGCUCGUAUAGUUUAUUUCAAUUGAUACCAACAAAUCGAACAUGCAGAGAUGCUGGUAUUGAAUCUCAUUGGUGUGCUUGUUUACAAUGGAAACAAAUAAAAGAUUUUCAAGAGUUACCCUUGAUCAAUGAAAUCGGUCAAGUAGUGAUCAAUUAUUUAAAUGACUUAUUAUCAGUUGUUGAAGAAGAGUGUGCUCGAUUAGAAUUAUUCAAAAUUCAUGAUGUUUAUGAAUUGAUUCCAGAUAAAAUGAUGUUAAAAUUCAGUGUUUCGAAAGAUAAGGAUAAUCGUGUACGACUGUUUAAUGAACCGGAAGACGCCAUUAACGCAUUGUUAAAAGAACAAGAACUAAAAUAUUAUCAAAUUCAACUAGAAACAAGACCAGGAAAUGGAAAAUUUGAAGUAACACUUGGCUAUAAUAGUAAACAUAAAAAGUUUGAUAUUGAAAAAAAGCAUAUGAGUAGAAUUAAUGAAUAUGGCAACACAUCGCAUUGUAUUAAGUUUACAAAAAGAAAAUUAAGCGAUAUUUGUUAUUGUAAGAAACAGUAA